AUGACAUUUGACAUCGACAAUUUGCAAGAUCUCACUGGCCAGGUCGCCGUCAUCACCGGAGGCAACGCUGGCAUUGGUGAGAUCUGCUCUCAGCGCAUCGCAAAGCACGGAGCCAAGGUCUAUGUCCUCUGCAGAUCCAAGCAGAAGUACGAUGAUGCUCUCCAGCGAUGUCAAGACUACGACGCUGAGACUGCCAAGCGCUGGACCUACGUGCAGUGCGAUUUGGCGGAUCUGGAAUCUGUCAAGGCGGCUGCCGAGACUAUCAAGAGCAAAGAAGAUCAUCUUGACAUGCUCAUCAACAAUGCUGGCGUCAUGGCAGUCCCUUACAGCCUCACCAAACAAGGUCUGGAGAUCCAGUGUGGAACCAAUGUCGUCGGCCAUGCUCUCCUCUCCUACAUGCUCUUGCCUCUCCUCGUCACCUCUGCUCGCAAGCUGGCAGGUACAGGGCGAAGCGUGCGAAUGGUCCAGCUCAGUAGCAUUGCCCACUCAAAGUUCGGCAAAGGUUUGCCGCAACACAGUUGGGAGAAUCUGGAGAAGGUCAACCAGGAUUGUGGAGGCACCUGGGGCCGUUAUGGAAAGAGCAAGGUCGGCAAUAUCCUCUUGGCUAAUCAGCUGAAACAGCUUACUGCAAAUGAGAACAUGAGCCACCUCUCCAUCCACCCAGGCUACGUCAACACAGGCCUUUACAAUGGCCUCGACCAAUCGUAUGGCUUCUUUGGCAAGGUAUUCAGGACACUCGGUUCCAAAUUUUUUCUCGUCACACCCGCCGAAGGCGCCAGCUCCUCCAUUUACGCUGCCGUGUCUUCUGAGAUCGACGAGAAGAAUCUCAAUGGCACUUAUUUCGAUCCCAAGACGAAGAUCGGUAAGGCUGAGCCCUGGGCACAAGACAAGGAUGGAGUGUUGGGCAAGCAGAUGAUCGACUUCUGCAAGACUUUUUGCAAGGAGAAGGUGGGGGUUGACUUCGAUGCUCUCGCUCAGGAGGCGCUGGAGAAGAAGUGA